AUUUAGUGUUGCAGUUUUGUGUGUGUGUUUUUUUUUAUAAUUUGUAAGGAAAAAACAUACGAAACACGGAUGUGUCAUAAAAGAAUACCUAAUUGAAGAGCAAAUUACAUUAACUUAAAGAGUAUCAAGUAGUUUGCCUUCACCACUUGUGUCCUUUUUGGAUGGCAAGGAUUUAUCACGUCCAAUAAUUAAUUUAGUUAUCUUAUUUAUUUAAAAAGAAUUCAAUUAUCAAUCAAUUUUCUACCGCCAUUACUUCCAAUUUAUGUACAAAAUCGUAAUAGUUAUUCACCACAACGCUGUUAAAUAUUAAAUUGAGGUCAAGGAUAAUUUAACGCAAGCGGUGUAAUUUCUCUUGUGAUGUAGUCGCCCAAGUUGAUUAAGGAAAAGACAAAGCGAUUACUGAAGAGAAGAAAAGGAAUUAAAUUUAAAAUAAAAUAUAUAUAAACUUGGUAUGCUCUGGUUACCAUGGAUUCAUUCAGUCUCUGAAUAAGUAUCAGCUAGUUUGAUAAUUAAUUGGUGACAACAAUCAAAAGUAAUUAGCGCAUUUACUCGCCGAAUGACAAACAUCAUUAUCAUAAAAGUAAGGAGUGAAAAGAGUCUAUUGUAUCACUGUGAAGAAGAAAUAGAUAAUAAUCGGAGAAAUUUAUAUAUAAUAUACAAAAAAAUUCCAAAAAAACGUUAAUGAUAUCUUAGCAUUGAAAUUGUAUAAAAGGCUGUAAGUUUAUUUAGAGCAACGUGUGUACGAACGUUUGUCCAUAUAUGCUAAGAUAAAAAAAACACCGUUGAUUAAGAGGGGAGUUGAUAUAAAGAACCGCGCGUUAGCUUCACGGCUCAUAUUAUUGCUUUUUAAAACAAGACAUACACUAUUCGCGAUUCAUUUGUGUUUUUUUUUUUUUUUUUUUUAUUAAUAACUAGUUAAUCAAUAAUUAAAAAAACAAAAAUAUAAAUAAAAGUUUGUGUUGUUAAGUGAUUUAUUAAAAAUAUUCCAAAAUGUGUGACGAUGAUGUGGCCGCUCUUGUUGUUGAUAAUGGAUCCGGAAUGUGUAAAGCCGGGUUUGCGGGGGAUGAUGCACCCCGUGCUGUUUUUCCGUCCAUCGUUGGAAGACCUAGAUAUCAGGGAAUAAUGGUGGGUAUGGGCCAAAAAGACAGUUAUGUUGGAGAUGAAGCCCAAAGCAAACGUGGUGUCCUGACAGUAAAGUAUCCGAUCGAGCAUGGUAUCGUUACAAACUGGGAUGACAUGGAGAAAAUCUGGCACCACACAUUUUACAAUGAGCUGAGAAUCGCACCAGAAGAACAUCCGGUCCUCUUGACGGAAGCGCCAUUGAAUCCCAAAGCAAAUAGAGAAAAAAUGACCCAGAUUAUGUUUGAAACUUUCAAUUCACCCGCAAUGUACGUCGCUAUUCAAGCAGUGCUAUCACUGUAUGCUUCUGGAAGAACCACGGGUAUUGUUUUGGACAGCGGCGACGGAGUUUCUCACACGGUUCCCAUUUAUGAAGGAUAUGCGCUGCCGCAUGCAAUUCUACGUCUGGAUCUCGCGGGUCGAGACCUCACGGACUACUUGAUGAAGAUCCUUACUGAGCGUGGGUACUCAUUUACAACGACGGCUGAACGUGAAAUUGUACGUGAUAUAAAAGAGAAACUUUGCUACGUUGCUCUAGACUUCCAACAGGAAAUGGCAACGGCCGCAGAAUCCAGCGCGCUUGAAAAAAGUUAUGAGCUUCCAGACGGACAGGUAAUAACAAUCGGUAAUGAACGUUUCCGAUGCCCUGAAGCAAUGUUUCAACCCAGCUUCCUUGGAAUGGAGUCCUGUGGUAUCCAUGAAACAACUUACAACUCAAUAAUGAAGUGUGAUGUUGAUAUCCGUAAGGAUCUUUACGCCAAUUCCGUUCUCUCUGGUGGUACCACAAUGUAUCCGGGUAUCGCUGAUAGAAUGCAGAAAGAAAUAACAGCGCUUGCUCCGUCAACCAUGAAAAUAAAAAUAAUUGCUCCGCCGGAGAGGAAGUACUCGGUAUGGAUUGGAGGCUCUAUAUUAGCCAGUCUUAGUACAUUCCAACAGAUGUGGAUUUCUAAACAAGAGUAUGAUGAAUCUGGACCCUCUAUUGUUCACAGAAAAUGUUUUUAAUUAUUUAAUUAUUAUUUUUCUUUUAAUUUAUUUAUUAUUACUAUUAUGUAUCAAUUAACCAGAUUAAUCUUUAUGAUUGUCUCCAAUUGUUCGCUUCAAUACAAGUAUUUAUAAUACUCUAAAUUUCUUUCCUUCAUAGUUUUAAGUACAAGGGAUAAGU